UUUAGAUUUAUUCGGCAAUGGGAAGCAGAUCUUGUCAGGUGCAAUAACUAUCAUCUGCCUUAACGUAGAAGCUCUCAAGCAACAUCUGGACCCUGUCUUUAUUUCCAAUGGCUUCCCUGCUGGCAUCUGAGAUGUACCAUGUGGUAGGGAGUGUAGCCACUUCGCAAACAUUCCGACUGGCACAAAUGGUUGAAAGAUGUAUGAGUGUAAUGCAGUCUGGGACUCAGAUGAUCAAACUGAAGAGUGGAACAAAGGGUUUGGUCCGCCUCUUCUACCUGGAUGAGCAUCGAACAUGCAUUAGAUGGAGACCCUCCAGGAAAAGCGAGAAAGCCAAAAUUAUAAUUGAUUCAAUUUACAAAGUCACCGAGGGACGACAAUCAGAAAUAUUCCAUCGACACGUAGACGGGAACUUUGACCCUAGUUGUUGUUUUACUAUAUACCAUGGAAACCAUAUGGAAUCUCUGGAUUUGAUAACUUCGAACCCUGAGGAGGCUCGAACUUGGAUUACAGGGUUGAAAUAUUUGAUGGCUGGAAUAAGCGAUGAGGAUUCACUGGCCAAAAGGCAAAGGACUCAUGAUCAAUGGGUGAAACAGACAUUUGAAGAAGCUGACAAGAACGGGGAUGGAUUGCUGAAUAUAGAAGAAAUCUACCAGCUGAUGCAUAAGCUUAAUGUCAACCUGCCUCGAAGGAAAGUCAGACAGAUGUUUCAGGAAGCAGACACUGAUGAAAACCAGGGAACUCUAACGUUCGAAGAAUUCUCAGUGUUUUAUAAGAUGAUGUCAUUGCGUAGAGAUCUGUACUUACUGCUUUUAAGCUACAGCGACAAGAAAGAUCACUUGACAGUGGAUGAACUUGCUCAGUUCCUGAAAGUGGAGCAAAAGAUGACUAACGUGACAACAGAGCAGUGCCUUGACAUUAUUCAGAAGUUUGAAGUUUCAGGGGAAAACAAGGAGCAAAAUGUGCUGGGAAUUGAAGGUUUUACCAGUUUCAUGAGAAGUCCUGCAGGUGACAUAUUCAACCCUUUGCACUGUGAGAUCUACCAGGACAUGGAUCAACCCCUCAGCAACUACUACAUUGCUUCGUCUCAUAACACCUACUUAACAGGGGACCAGCUGCUUUCUCAGUCUAAGGUGGAUAUGUAUGCCUGGGUGUUGCAAGAUGGCUGCCGAUGCAUUGAAGUUGAUUGCUGGGAUGGGCCUGAUGGUGAGCCAGUUGUACACCAUGGAUACACGCUCACCUCCAAGAUUCCCUUUAAGGAUGUUGUGGAAGCCAUCAACAAACAUGCCUUUGUAAAAAAUGAAUUUCCUGUGAUAUUGUCCAUUGAAAACCACUGCAACAUUCAGCAACAGAGAAAGAUUGCGCAGUAUCUCAAAGAAAUAUUUGGAGAUAAACUAGAUCUAUCUUCAAUUCCACUAGGAGAAGCCAAGCAACUUCCCAGUCCCCAGAAUCUGAAGGGAAAAAUACUUGUGAAGGGAAAGAAAUUGCCAUAUGACUUGGCGGAGGAUGCCGAUGAAGGAGAAGUCUCAGAUGAAGACAGUGCUGAUGAAAUAGAAGAGGAAUGUAAACUAAGCCAUUGCUUUAGUAAUGGUACAACCGAACACCAGGUGGAAUCAUUCAUUAGGAAAAAAUUGGAAUCUUUACUAAAGGAAUCACAGAUCAGAGACAAGGAGGACCCUGACAGCUUCACCGUUAGAGCAUUGUUGAAAGCAACACAUGAAGGCUUGAAUGUGAAUCUGAAACAGAGUUCAGACACAAAAGAUCGAGGGAAAUCCAAAAGAUCAUCGAUGGGUAACAUUACUAAACACAAGAAAACUGCAAAAUCCAGGUCAAAAUCUUGCAGUACGGAUGAAGAUGAAGAGUUAUCUCCAAGGGAAGUGGGACAGAUGCACAGACUUGGCCGGAGAAGGAAAACCAUGAAAUUAUGCAGAGCGUUGUCUGAUCUGGUCGUCUACACAAAUUCUGUGGCUGCUCAAGACAUUAUGGAUGAUGGGUCUACAGGGAACGUGUUAUCCUUUAGUGAAACCAGAGCACAUCAGGUGGUUCAACAGAAAUCAGAACAGUUUAUGUUAUACAACCAGAAACAGCUCACCAGGAUUUAUCCAUCUGCAUAUAGGAUAGAUUCCAGUAAUUUUAAUCCUGUGCCCUAUUGGAACGCGGGUAUCCAGUUGGUGGCAUUAAACUAUCAGACAGAGGGGCGCAUGAUGGAGCUAAAUCGUGCAAAAUUCAAGGUUAAUGGAAACUGUGGAUAUGUCCUUAAACCUCAACAGAUGUGCAAAGGUGUGUUUAAUCCAUUUUCUGGUGACCCUCUUCCUGCCAGCCCUAAAAAGCAGCUCAUACUGAAAGUAGUCAGCGGUCAGCAGCUCCCAAAACCUCCAGAUUCAAUGCUUGGGGACAGGGGAGAGAUUAUUGACCCUUUUGUGGAAGUGGAAAUCAUUGGACUGCCUGUGGAUUGCUGUAAGGAACAAACACGAGUUGUUGAUGACAAUGGUUUCAAUCCUGUGUGGGAGGAAACUCUCACCUUUACCGUUCAUAUGCCAGAAAUUGCGUUGGUGCGGUUUUUGGUUUGGGACCAUGAUCCAAUUGGACGGGAUUUUGUAGGCCAAAGAACUGUGGCUUUUAGCAGUCUUAUGCCUGGGUAUCGCCACGUCUACUUGGAAGGUCUCACUGAAGCUUCCAUAUUUGUCCAUAUCACAAUAAAUGAAAUAUAUGGCAAAUGGAGUCCUUUAAUCCUCAAUCCAAGUUAUACUAUAUUGCACUUUCUAGGAGCCACAAAGAACAGGCAAUUUAUUGGGCUUAAAGGGUUCUUCAAUAAGAAUUCGAAACACGGCUCAGUCGAGAGCAAUGGUCAUAUACGUAAACGAUCAAUCAGUGAGCGCAUCUUACGACGCACUGCCAGUGCGCCAGCAAAAGGCAGAAAGAAAACCAAGAUGGUGUUUCAAGAAUCUACAGAGAGUAAAGACAUUUGUUGUGAGAUAUCUGGCACUAAAGAAAAAGAGGCUGUAAUAAGGAGAACCUCCAGGAGCCUACAGGCUCGCCCUGUGUCGAUGCCAGUUGACAAGCUUCUUCUUGGACCUUUUGAACCCUCCACAUCAGACACUUCCAAAGAUACCAAACAACAUGACAUAUCUUCAGGAGGAAUGGACAUUAGAGGCUCGGGGAAACUGCUAACUGAAGAUGUGGAUAUAUCAAUACCUGGAAAUCAAAUUUCACCUUUUUUUGCAUGUACUUCUAAAAAUCCAUGCCAGAAUAAAGUCACACCACAUGAGCACAUUGUACAUAAAAAAUGGAAAAGUUUACAUUUAGACUGUGUGCUGCAAAGUGAUGAUAUCAGGGAGUUUGAUGAUACUUUUACAAGUGAAUUAGAAGAUAACGAUGACCACCUAAAACAAACCGGCUCCACAUUUGACAUUCCUAGAGAAAAUAUGGUUAAAGAUUAUGACACAAAGUUUGAAACGGUUUCUAUUAAUGAUUUAUCAAGUACCAUGUGCACAGACAUCAAUAAUUUACAUUCAACUGAAGCCAUGUCCGAAAAUGAUAUUUCUAAUAUAAUUAGUGAAGUACCAUCUGUAGAUCGGAGUGAACUUGGCAGUUCAAUGUCUGAAUUAAUCAGGCAGUUUGAAGUCACCGAUGACAAAACUACUUUGACUUGUGUCUCAAGCUUACAAGAGCCAAAUAGCCACACUAAGUUUAGUGGAUAUUCUGACAUUUUCACAGCUUGCCUGUACACACCUAAAAAGUGUGUUUCAAGUUUAAAUAAUGUUGAAAAGUCCUUAUUCUCAACAGCUGACACUACGAUAUUCUCCAGCCCAGAGACAUCUGAAUAUUCAGUCUAUACAAUCAUUCAUGAAGAAGACUUAUCUCUUGAUGCCAAUUGCAAAUUGAUGGAUGCAAAUGUUGCCAAUCGAGUUAGACAAUCAGAACCUAAUAUCAGCAGCUCACCAUAUGUAUCAACCUAUCCUGAAUUACAACCAAAGUCAACAAAAACUGAGCAAGCACAUUUUGAAGGGCUAGUGAACAUGGAUUCAUUUACUCAUAGCAAUUAUACUCAAAAUAUCCCUACAGGAACACAUGUAAACACCAGUAAGAAUAGUUCCAUACAUAAUGGAACUCAAGAUAUUCCAACAAAUCCUCAUAUCACUCAAGAAAAAGACAUACGGCUGCAAUCUACUAAUUUGUGUUUAAACCAGACAUGGAACACAGAGAAAAAUGCAAAGAAGUUAUUCCAAAAUCAUAUGUCACACACUGAUGCCCACAGACCUACAGAUAACACAAUUAGUAAUCCUCAUAUGACCGUUAAACGGCAAGAGUUUUGUAAGUCACAUCAAAAUCUAGAAUCUCUAUACCACAAACACCAUCUGCAAUAUGUCCCUCAAAAAGUCAUUGUACAGAACUCCAGUUCCAGUUCCACAUUUAACAAUUCCAAAUCUCUAGCACUCCACGGAAACAAGCAAUCUAAUUCAUGCAAGUCAAAGAGUCUUGGGGAUCUGACCUCAGAGGAUAUCUCCUGUAAUUUUGAGAGCAAAUACAAGAGAAUUAACAAAGGUUUUCUGUCUUCAGGCAUUGUAGAAGAAAAUGCAUCUCUGGCAAAGAGUAGACAUCAAUCCUCGGAUGCAUUGACAGAACAGUUGCGUAAACUGAUGUCUUUUGACCAAGAAGACUUUAGUAAGCCACAGUGUCAUGAACAUGAAGAAGUGGACAUUCCUAAGCCUCUAUCUCGGAAGCUGUCUUCUAGAAGUCAGAGCAGGGUCAGGAACAUUGCUAACCGUGCCAAGGAACGACAGGAGGCCAAUAAAAUGAAACACAGCACCUCUAAUCUAAAUGAAGUUGUUUUUCGAAACAAACCACCUACUUCUUCUCAGCCUGUAAACAGACAUUCAACCGGAUCUUAUAUAGCCAGUUACUACAGCAACCUUAAUAAUGAAAGGCUUGAAGGAAGAGGCAUACCAGAAGGUGCAUGUAAUUCUCAAACCUAUAGAUAUAAUGAUACCUUUUGUAUAGAUCGUUUCAAUUAUCCGACUGAUCCAAGCAAUAUUGAUGAACCAGAAAUUUAUUUCCUACUGAGAUUGUAAAUAUAUAUAGGGUCUCCAAUUUAAUGUUGUUUACAAGAUGUUUUAUUUCAUUUGAAAUAUAUUAUUAGAAAGUACUCAUUUGGCCUUUUUUAACCCAUUGAGUGCCGGGGCCUCCACGUGGAUUUCAAAGGGUGAAAUAACAACAUUUUGUUUUUUAAAAAAAUGGUUUUUAACAGUUUUUAGUUAAAUAGGUUAGUCUUCCUUGGGUUUCACCCCUUGAGUGCCAGCGUGGUGUGCAAUUUAUUAUAUUGUAAACUGCUGUACCCCUCUCCGGCAUUCAAAGGGUCAGGGCUACUCUUAAUGUUAACAACUUUGUAAAUAUAUUCUUGUACUUUUUAAUAUAAAUGCAUCAUUUUUAAUUAUAAAUUUUAUUUGGGGAAAAGCAGGGAGCUAUGUGCAUGCAGUCAUCCUGGAAGCUCAUAGUCUAUUAAAUGUAAUGUGCAUGUACAUUAUAACAAAACAAUAUAGUAAAUUUGCACAGACGGCAAAAAAAAAAAGAUCAUUGCAAUAAAAAAUAUAUGUCUCUAUUUCUUUUUA